UGAAUUCACCUCUCUUGUUUUUAAACAGCACGAAUAUUUUAUAUUAUGAAACAACUGGUGUUUGGUUUCAAUAUUUAUUCUUGAUGGAGAAGAGGACUAUCCAUCAAUGGCUGCAACCACCCUUCACAUGGAAGUUCCUGUCAAUAAUUGCAUGUGAAUCCAGGCUACUUCUCUAAGGAAACGAUUCCUUCUGAACUUCCAUCGCCAUCAUUCCCAACGACCCAGUACGUACGGAGCUUUUCCCCAACUGUUUCUCUCAUUCUAAUCCUUCUUUUUGUUCUUUCUGCAAAUCCCCUUUCUGGGUUUCAUACCUUUCCUUAACUUCCAAUUCAAUUCUCCUCAGAAAUUGGGUUGUUGAGAAUUUUUGUAAUAAAUCAAUCCUCUGCUUCCAUUGGUCUUGUGGGGUUUUUUUUCAAAGGUAUGGAACCAGAUUUGUAAGAUAAGUUUCUCUCACUCGUAGCUUAUUUAUCUUGAACUACUCACUUGUUUCUUAGAAAAUGAUGAAGAAUAGCUUCAUCUUCGUUGAAAUUUUAUUGUUUUUAGCAUUUAUCUCCUCGGGAGUUCUCACCGAGCCAGUUGAAGACAAGCAAGCCUUGCUUGAUUUCUUCCAUAAUAUCCCUCACUCCCCCUCUCUCAACUGGAAUCAGAGUAGUUCUGUGUGCAAAGCCUGGACAGGAGUGUUUUGCAAUUCUGAUGAGUCUAAAGUAGUAGCCUUGCGAUUACCCGGGACUGGUCUGCGCGGUCCGAUCCCUGUGAAUACUCUUAGCCGUCUAUCUGCGCUUGAGAUUCUAAGCCUUAGGUUAAAUAGGAUAUCAGGUCCUUUCCCUUUUGAUUUUUCGAAGCUGGGAAACUUGAGUUCCUUGUAUCUGCAAUAUAACAAGUUUUCUGGUCCUUUGCCUUCAGAUUUUUCAGUUUGGAAUAACCUUAGUGUCAUUGAUCUAUCAAACAAUCUCUUCAAUGGGAGUAUUCCUUCCUCUAUCUCAAAGUUGAGUCAUUUGACAGUUCUGAAUCUUGCAAACAACUCGUUUUCAGGCGAAAUUCCGAACCUUGAUAUUCCAAGUUUGCAACGGUUAGAUUUGUCCAAUAAUAAUCUUACAGGAAAUGUGCCUCACUCUCUUCAAAGAUUUCCAAGUUGGGUGUUCGCUGGUAACAAUGUUACUGAAGAACAUAGUGCAAUUCCCCCAUCUUUUCCCCUCCAGCCUCCCACUGCUCAACCGACGAGAAAAGGCCGGCUGAGUGAAUCUGCAAUACUUGGUAUUGCAAUUGGUGGUUCUGUUAUUGUGUUUAUUUUUCUAGCUGUUCUUUUGACUGUUUGGUGGUUGAAAAAAGGGAAAGAAAAUACGAGUCCCUCUAUGGACCCCAAAAAGAAGGAAUUGUCUGUGAAAAAAAGGGGCUUUGAGAGCCAAGAACAAAAGAACAACCUCAAUUUCUUUCAGGAUUCUAAUCUUGCAUUUGACUUGGAAGACCUGUUGAGAGCAUCUGCCGAGGUUCUCGGGAAGGGAACCUUUGGAGUGAGUUACAAGGCAGCUUUGGAGGACUCGACAACGGUUGUAGUGAAGAGGCUGAAUCAAGUGACAGUUGGAAAACGAGAAUUUGAACAGCAGAUGGAGUUGAUUGGAAAAAUUAAGCACGAGAAUGUCGUUUCCUUAAGAGCAUACUAUUAUUCAAAGGAUGAGAAACUCAUGGUCUACGACUACUAUGGACAAGGGAGCGUGUCUGCAAUGUUACAUGGCAAGGAAGGGGAUGGUUUACGUGUGUUAGAUUGGGAUACUAGGAUGAAAAUUGCCAUUGGAGCGGCUCGAGGUCUUGCUCAUAUCCACACAGAAAAUGGUGGAAAAUGUACCCAUGGAAAUGUCAGAGCCUCAAACAUCUUCCUCAACUCUAAAGGAUACGGUUGUGUAUCCGACGUUGGCUUGGCUGGGCUAAUGAAUUCAAUUCCACUACCAGCCACAAGAACCCCUGGUUACCGAGCGCCUGAAUUGACCGACACUCGGAGAGCAUCAGAAGCAGCUGAUGUCUACAGUUUCGGGGUGGUGCUACUGGAACUUCUGACUGGAAAAUCUCCCAUACACGUUGAAGGUUGUAAUGAAGUUGUUAAUUUAGUGAGGUGGGUGAACUCUGUGGUGAGGGAGGAAUGGACAGCAGAAGUGUUUGAUGUUGAGCUUCUCAGGUAUCCAAACAUAGAAGAAGAAAUGGUGGAGAUGCUGCAAAUUGGGUUGUCUUGUGUUGCCAAAAUGCCUGAACAGAGGCCAAAAAUGAUCGAUCUAAUGUUGAGAAUCGAGCAAGUUCGGCAACACAGUACAGGAACCCAACCGUCAUCAGGGUCAAAAUCAGCGUAUUCAACUCCGGUUCAUGUAAUGGAAAUCGGUUCUUCCUCACAUUUACCUUGAAAUCUUUGUUCUGUUACACAGUACAUAGAUUCUUUUGACCUUCUGCUUUCUAUCUAUUCAUUUAAACUAGUUGAAUUGGGGGCUUAGUUUUGCUUAAGCCUUUUGGACUUUUUGAGGUUACUAGUUUAGACCUCGUCAAGUUCAAUAUCUCAAAUGUUUAUUUAUCUUUACAAGUUCAAUUUUUAGUACAAAUGGAAAUUUGCAUAUUGGUUAUGACUUUGGUUUUGAGCUAAGAGAUCAAAGUUAAAACGCUUUUCAUUCC